AGUCUUCAUCUCUUCCCUCUCCUCUCCAUUACGUUUGCACCCCAAUUUGGGGGGUUACCCCAAAUAGUAGUUUUGCUCCUCAAAUGCUCCUCUUAUUUCUGUUCAUGGCUAACCAAAUAGGUGCAUUUGCCUAGGGUUCUGCACUUAUCCCUCCAUUUUUGCUCCCCCCUCACUUUGCACCUCUUCCCAAAGAUAGUGAAAAUAACAGGGGGUUAGUAUACAUACUGAAGAUGCUCUACACAUCUUUCGUUUGGAAACAAACUAGGUCCAAUUACUGUGUGGUGCGAAGACUUUUCGUACUGUAAAAUUUUGUUGAAUCCACUGUUCCAAUUUAGAAUGUAACUAUUUCCCGAGAAAACCAAAUACCAUCGCUGGUGCCGAAUUUGUUUUGGACGAUGUUGAUUUGAUGUUUCGCGGUGGAAACCCUUGCGGUGUCGUUUGAUCGGAUGCACCGCUGAUUGCUGAAAUUGAGACGACUGUCAAAUAUCCACCGGGCGGUGCAACUGACUUCUGAAAACGAUGACGAUCGUCAAAUAUCCACCGUCGUGCGAUGUUGAUUUGAUCGAUGCACCUCUGAAUGGUGAAAUCAACGUGACCGUCAAAUAUCCACCGUCGGGCGAUGUUGAUCUGAUCGAUGCACCUCUAACUUCUAACCAACACGACCGUUACUACGGUUCACACCUCUCCAAACUACGUCGAACGAGGGUGUUUGAGUUUUUGGGAAUCUACGUUACGACUACUCCUAUGGAGAUUCUUGUGGAGAGCUCCGCGACUACGACUACGACUACUCCUAUGGAGAUUCCUGUGGAGAGCUCCGCGACUACGACUACUUCUACCAACUAUGGAGAUCCUUACUAGAAGGAGAGCUCCGCGAAGGAGUUACAGAGAAAAUGUAAAGUUUUGACAGAGUUGUAGAGUGUUGAUUUUUGGUUUCCCUCUCUCUCUCUCUCUCUCCUUGCACCGCUGCUUUUAUUUGAAAAGCAUCUUCAUAGUCUUUACGCUCCGUGAAACCGCUUCCUCAACUGCUCCGUUGUGAACUCCCACGUGUCUCAACCGUCUUGAUCUCCUCCUCGCUCGGGUUGGUGUGAAUCUCACGCGAUGUCGUUUUCUUCCUCAAACAGCUAUGUUUGCUUUUUUACUCCACGGCAUUGUUUUAUAUUAAACACUGCCGUUUGCUAAUACAGCGGUACUGUUGGG